GUUUGGUAACCGUUUUUCCUUCUGCUUCUGCUGCAAAACUUGUUUCUUCUCCAGGAAGAAAAAGGAAACUUUUUUUUUCUCCUCUUUGGUUUGUCUUGUUCUUCCUCUCAUGGAGGUUGUGGAAGGGUCGCCGCCCAAGAAGACGUUGGCUGAGAAGGUGUUCGGAAGCAAGAAGAGUUUCAACAAUGAGAGUUCUUCGUCCCAACAGGAUGCUGAUGGAGCUGAUGCUGGAAUGGAGCUCAUGGAGAUUGGAGCUGAAAAGACCAAAAAUGUCUUGAUCCUCAUGAGUGACACCGGUGGUGGCCACAGAGCUUCCGCUGAGGCCAUCCGUGAUGCCUUCCAAAUCGAAUUCGGUGAUGAGUACAGGGUAUUCAUUAAGGAUGUUUGGAAGGAAUACACUGGGUGGCCAUUGAAUGAUAUGGAGGGACAAUACAAAUUCAUGGUUAAGCAUGUCCAACUUUGGAAUGUUGCUUUUCAUAGUACUUCUCCAAGAUGGAUACACUCUGCAUAUUUAGCUGCCAUUGCCGCCUACUAUGCUAGGGAUGUGGAAGCAGGGCUGAUGGAGGUGAAGCCAGCUAUUAUAAUCAGCGUGCAUCCAUUGAUGCAGCAUAUUCCAUUGUGGGUUCUAAAAUGGCAAGGCCUGCAGAAGAAAGUUAUAUUUUCCACUGUCAUUACAGACCUUACUACUUGCCAUCCUACUUGGUUUCAUCCUUGGGUGAAUAGAUGCUACUGCCCUUCACAAGAGGUGGCUAAGAAAGCACAACAAGAAGGCCUUAGUGAGGAACAAAUCAAAGUUUGUGGCUUGCCCAUUAGGCCUUCGUUCGCACGUGCAGUUCUAGUGAAGGAUGAACUAAGGGCAGAAUUUGAGAUGGAUCCCGUCUUGCCUGCAGUUUUGCUGAUGGGGGGUGGUGAAGGAUUUGGUCCUGUCAAGAAAACUGCAAAGGCCUUGGGAGAAUCGCUUUAUGACAAAGAAGCUCAGAAGCCAAUCGGCCAGAUAGUAAUCAUAUGCGGUCGUAACAAGAACCUAGCAUCCACCCUUGAAGCUAUCGAAUGGAAGGUUCCAGUGAAGAUUAGAGGAUUUGAGAAACAAAUGGCAAAAUGGAUGGGAGCCUGUGAUUGCAUCAUAACAAAAGCUGGACCAGGGACAAUUUCAGAAGCAUUGAUCAGAGGGCUUCCCAUAAUUCUCAAUGAUUAUAUCCCUGGACAGGAAAAGGGAAAUGUGCCCUAUGUGGUAGACAAUGGAGCUGGUGUCUUCACCAGGAGUUCUAAGGAAACAGCGAAAAUCGUGGCAGAGUGGUUCAGCACAAAACAAGAUGAACGGAAAAAAAUGGCAGAGAAUGCAUUGAAGUUAGCACAACCAGAGGCAGUCUUUGACAUUGUGAGGGACAUCCAUGAACUAGCUGCGCAAAGGGAGCCGUCAAACUUUCCAUACGAAUUGACGGCUUCAUUUUCUAGCCUAAUCUAAAAUUUGAUUGCUCCUGCAACUUCUCACUAGUCUUUUCUUUUUUGGGUUUUUCUUGUCCCCCACUAGAAUUGACAUGUAUAGUUAGCUUUUCAAAUUGCAUCAUUCUUUAUCCUAGUGGGUUGGAUUUACCAUUAUGAGCUACAAAUUCUGGUAAAAAAUCUCUCUUGUUUAUAAGAAAUGGGUUUAACAUUGUGCUGUGCACUUCAGUCUAAUGGUUUUUGUUCAGUUCCCCUUUUCUUUUCCUCCUUGGAAUUGUAUUUAGCAUUUCAUAAACCAAGAUUUUGCUUUGUAACGGGCCACUUUACUAAGAAAUUAAAUAUUAUUUGUCUA